AUGGCUGAAGGAAUGAAGGAGUUGCUGGAGCAACAGAGAACGUUUUUCAUAGACGUGUUGGGGUCCCAACGAUCGUGGAUGGAGUCGCAACUCGAGCUACAAAAGCGAGAGUACCUGAAGCGAGAAUCUCAACUGGCAACUGCACUGGAAUCCACAGGCACCAUAAAUUCGUCGUUUGGAGUUAAUUCGCACAUCGCCGUGCCAGCAUUCACAACCUUUAAUCACGAUAAGCAGCAGUGGGAGUCAUAUAUAGCACAAUUGACUCAACACUUCACAGCGUAUAAAGUCAUCGACGAUGAUCAAAAAAAAGCAUUUUUUCUAUCAUGGGUUGGCGGCGAGACCUUCGAGCUUUUGGUUAAGUUAUUCUGUAGUGUAGACGUUCAGUCGAAAUCGUACGAGGAACUGGUUGCAAAACUAACCUCACAUUUUAAGACUAAGGUACACGUGCUUGCAUCGAGAUACGAGUUGUUUAAGCUUAAAAUGGGGCCUAAUCAAAAAUAUUCGGAGUGGCUAGCCGAACUACGCGGAGUUGCUCGAAAUUGUAAGUACGUCUGUCGCAAUAAGGAGUGUAACAAAGAGUUUGUAGAUGAGCUUAUUAGGGACAUAAUCGUUUUGAAUACACCGCAUGAAGCUGUGAGAACAGCAGCAUUACAGAAAUUAGAGCCAACACUCGAAGAUAUUAUCUUGGUCGCAGAGGCGUUUGAGGCAGCACAAACAGUAAAGAAACAGGUGUCGGGUGAAAAUGAAGUAAAAACCGAGGUUCUUCAACUAAAAUCCACCCAAGCACGCAGUCAAAGCAACGAGGCACCAUAUUCUUCCGGCCAAUCUCAGUCUUGCUCCGGGUGUGGAACACACCAUUCGCGAGAAAAAUGUAAGUUUCGCAAUGCACAGUGCCGCAAGUGUAAGCGUUUUGGCCAUAUAGCUCCAGUUUGCAACACUGGAUCCAAAGUGAAUUCCCCUAAGCAGCAAUAUGGUCGGCACCAAAAACAACAAAAAUUGAAAACAAAUCAAAAUUCGGUUUUAACAAUUAGCCAGGUCAACUCGUGUAGCAACACGGUAAGCAAAACCAACCGCAAAUAUAUGGUGGAAGUAAGGAUAAACGGUAAGCCUUUACAAUUUCAACUUGACUCCGGAGCAACUUGCUCUAUUAUCGGCCUAGAAGGAUACAGACAAAUACAUAGCCCACCUUUGCUGCCAUGUAAUCAAGGUUAUGUAACCACGUACGGUGGUGGGAAAGUGAAAAUUUUAGGAUCUGUCAAUGUUACGCUUCAACGUGGCGAUAUUGAAAAACAAGUUCAGGUUACCGUUACAAAUGUUGAGCGCAAUGGGGAAAUUUUGGGUACCGACUUGAUAGAGGAACUAGGUUUGUGCCCUUGCCAAGCACACGUUAAAGCAAUUACUUUAAAUACUUGCGAAGAGCUCAUAAAAAAGUUCCCAACGGUCUUCAACGACUCACUCGGCCACUGCAAAUCGUUUGAAGCGCAUUUACAGCUGAAGCCUAACGCGGUGCCAAAGUACUUCAAAGCGAGGCCACUCCCAUUUUCACAGAUGGAAGCCUUCAAGAGAGAGGCACAGCGUUUAGUCGAUAAAGGCAUUUGGAAGCCAUUACAUUUCAGCAACUGGGCAGCACCCAUCGUAGUGGUACCCAAAACAAAUGGACGCAUUCGAAUUUGUGGUAUCAAGGCAUUAAACGCACAGCUAGAUGUCGACCAAUAUCCGAUCCCACGAGUUGAAGAACUAUUUCAAACCUUGCGUGGAAGUAAGUUAUUCACCAAAAUUGACUUGUCCGAUGCAUACUUCCAGGUGGAAAUGGACGAGGCAUCUAAGAAACUUACCGUCGUCAACACGCCAGCUGGCUUAUUCGAAUACCAACGCCUACCUUUUGGCGUAGCCAGCGCACCAGCUAUAUUUCAGCGCCUCCUCGAGCAAAUUAUUGUCAAUAUUCCUAGGUGCGUUAACUAUUUGGAUGACAUUAUAAUAGGAGGAAAGUCGCUCGAUGACCUGAAUGAAAAUAUAGAGCAAGUCUUUUCACGCCUACAGCAACACGGAUUUACAUGCCAACAAUCCAAAUGCAGUUUUAUGCAACGCGAGGUAGAAUACCUCGGGUUUAUCAUUAAUUCCGACGGAAUAAGCCCUACCAGUUCAAAAGUUGCAGCAAUAAACGAGUUGCCGCGACCGGACAACCUCAAGGAUUUACAAGCAUUUUUGGGUAAAAUUAAUUAUUAUAGUAAAUUUAUUAACAACUUAGCACAAACAGCCGCACCGCUUAAUAAUCUGCGCCGCAUGAACGAAACUUUUAAAUGGGGAGAAGAGCAGGAGAAGUCGUUUACUGAGCUAAAAAGGCAAUUAUCAACUGCGCCGCUGCUUUCGCAUUUUGAUGACAAAUUACCAAUCGUGCUAGCAACAGAUGCAUCGUCGCAUGGCAUUGGCGCGGUCUUAUCUCACCGUCUUCAUGAUGGCUCGGAGAAACCAGUGGCGUUUGCUUCUAAAACGCUGGACGAGCACCAGAAGCUUUACAGCCAAAUUGAAAAAGAGGCCCUGUCGAUUAUCUUUGGCGUUAAGAAGUUUCACCAGUAUCUCUAUGGCCGUACGUUUACGCUGUUGACAGAUCACAAGCCACUGGUGACAAUAUUUAGCCCGGAUAAGCAACUACCGGUGCUAACUAUUCAACGACUUCAGAGGUGGGCCCUUACGCUUAUGGCUUACCGCUAUGAAAUUAAGUACAGAGCAACUGAUAAACAUAGCAAUGCAGAUGCACUUUCGCGUUUACCCAAGGGACCCGAUGUUGACUUUGAUAGAGCAAAUCUAUGUUUUCAAGUGGAUAUUGACCAACAACUAGACGAAUUCCCGUUGAACGCUUCACGCCUUCGCAAACUAACUCAACGCGAUGUAGUUCUUAAGAAAGUAAGCAAAUUUAUAGAGGAGGGGUGGCCGGGAAAACUCUCAAAAGCUGAUGCAGCUUUGCAGCCAUAUUUCACACGCCGAUUUUCACUAAGCAUUGAAUUGGGAAUCGUUAUACUGCAAACAAACUACAGUCGCGUCGUGGUUCCAGAAAGCGCCAGAACAACUGUUAUAGAUCUACUUCACGAAGGCCAUUGGGGCAUUUCGCGUAUGAAGCAAAUGGCGCGUAGGCACUGCUGGUGGCCAAAAUUGGACUCAGACAUUGAGCAACGCGUUUCCGACUGCAGGCCUUGCCAAGAACACAGCGCCACUUCUCCUGCACAAGAGUUUUCUUGUUGGCCUGCAGCAGAAGGACCUUGGCAGCGUAUCCAUUUAGAUUUCGCUGGGCCAUUUUUAGAUUCAAUGUGGCUAUUAUGUGUAGAUGCCUACUCCAAAUUUCCAUUCGUAGUAAAAAUGCAACAUAUAACCGCCACUGCGACUAUAGAAGCUCUAAACUCAAUUUUUGCGGUCGAAGGAUUCCCCGACACAAUUGUCUCCGACAAUGGGCGACAAUUUACAGCCUCAACAUUUCAACAGUUUUGCACGGACCGUGGAAUUAAGCAUCUCACCACUGCUCCAUUUCAUCCUGCCUCCAACGGGGAAGCCGAAAGAUUCGUACGAACGUUCAAACAAAGUCUUAAAAGCGAUCGCUGGAGAGCUUCGCCAAAUCCUACCACCGGUAAGUCACCCGCUGAGCUGCUACAUGGGCGACAACCGAGAGGACUGUUAACCCUUCUACAUCCUACAUCAUCUAAUGAGACCAGCAAGGCGAGCUCAUCCGCACACUGA